AUGCCUUCCCUUUCAUCAAUCACUCCACUCCGGACCGAGCCUCACGCUGGACCGAAUGACAUUGGUGUAUCUCUGUUGCCAUCGGACAACAAAGACGGCACCUUCAAGAGCUAUCCACUUGUGAUAUCACCCAAAACAGAAUCUCAAAAGUCCCUUGCCUUUCUUUCGUCAUUCAUGAAUCAUAACAAGGACUGGAUCGAUGACAUGAUGCUUCGUUAUGGAGCUUUACUCUUUCGUGGCUUUCAUGUUGUGACGGCUAAAGACGUCGAAGACGCCGUCAUGAGCUACGAACACAAUUUGAACAACCAGUACAGAGGCACAUCGCCCCGUCACACUCAAGGCAAUACCGAAUUUGUCUUUUCGGCUGCAGAGGUGCCUUCCCACUACCCGAUAGCCCAGCACAUUGAAAUGUCAUUCCUCCCCGAGCCACCCAAGAAACUCUUCUUUAGUGCCCUCAAGGCACCGGCAGCGGUGGGCGGAGAGACAGCCUUGGCUGACUUUCGCAAGGUUUACAAUGCCAUUCCCAAGGACCUCCGAGACAAGCUUCAAGAAAAGAAGUUGCGAUACACCCGUACACACAAGAAGGUUGGUGACCGAUUCACGCAUGAUGUGGCUGCCAUGUUGAGUUGGAGCGAACUCUUUCGGACAAACGACAAGAAACAAGUAGAAAAGAUGGCCGCCCAAGAAAACAUGCCCAUGCGAUGGGAAGGUGAUGACACGUUUGUCAGUGAGUUUGAAACCGAAGCCUUCCAGCGACAUCCACAAACCGGAGAAGCGGUUUGGUUCAACCACGCACAAGUAUUCCAUUGGACCAGCUUUCCUGCAGAGCUCUUUGCCGCCUUUCGUCGCACCAAGGAUUUGCGAUACCUGAUGCGAGCACUGCUUCUGGGUGUACUGUCGUGGAUCAAGUACGGUCCCAUCUUGCGACAGCAAAUGGCAUUGCAUGUGGCAUUUGGAGACGGAAUGCCGCUUUCGAUUUGGGAAAUGCAUCAAAUCCGCAAGGCAGUGCAUGAGAACACAAUCUACAAUCGUUGGCAGCAAGGGGACGUUGUGAUGAUUGAUAAUUUCUCGACAUCUCACGGAAGACAGCCCACGUACGAUAAGGGCAGGAACAUUGUUGUGGCGUGGUCGGAUCCAUUGGCGAAGAAGGACGCAAUGGCACGAGCACUUGACAAACAGCGCAACGAUCAAUGCAUAGGGAGCCACGAAACGUAA